GGUGACACGCCGUCACCCCCCGCAGACACCUGUGAAGGCGACGUGGAGCUCUCGGCCGCUCGGCACCAACCCGAGGGGCUGGAGGAGCUGCAGGCACACACCAAGUUCACCAAGAAGGAGCUGCAGUCCCUCUACCGUGGCUUCAAGAACGACUGUCCCAGCGGCCACGUGGACGAGGAGACCUUCACGCUCAUCUACGCGCAGUUCUUCCCGCAGGGAGAUUCCAGUGCCUACGCUCACUUCUUGUUCAACGCCUUCGAUGCGGAUGGCAGUGGGGCACUGUGCUUCGAGGACUUUGUCAUCGGGCUGUCUGUCCUGCUGCGGGGCACCGCGCAGGAGAAGCUGAACUGGGCUUUCAACCUCUACGACAUCAAUAAGGACGGCUGCAUCACCAAGGAGGAGAUGCUGGAGAUCAUGAAAUCCAUUUAUGAUAUGAUGGGCCGCUGCACCCUGCCUGCCCCGCGGGACAGCGCGCCUGCAGAGCACGUGGAGCAGUUCUUCCAGAAGAUGGACAGGAAUGGGGACGGCGUGGUGACCUACGAGGAGUUCCUGGAGACGUGCCAGCAGGAUGCGGACAUCAUGAGCUCCAUGCAGAUCUUUGAGAACACCAUUUAGAGCACAGGGAUCCCAGGAUGGCUGUGGUGGGACACAGCCUGCGAGACGUUGAAGAUGAGGAGAAACCCUUAAGAAUGAGGAGAAAAACCCUAAUAAUGAGGAGAAACCCUUAAGAAUAAGGAUGACAUGGCCAGCUUCCACACUGGACCCCCCCCGGUGGUUCAUUUUGGGGCAGAUCUCCCCAGAAAUGGGUCUCUGCCCCAGAGGUGACCCAGCACAAGGUGGACAUUAUGGGAUGGAUGCGACACUGACGGAUGGGGGCUGAAAUUUGCUGUUUGUUUUUGUUUUUUUUUUCCCCUAAAUAAAGCACCCAGCCAUGA